AUGGCGCCGUUCUCGUUCAUCUUGACAGUCCUUCUCUAUGCUCUUACCUGCAGUGCGCGGGCUCUCGGCCAUGCGCAUGCGUUGCUCCCCCGCGCUGGCAGCCUCGAGCAGGUCACCGACUUUGGUGACAAUCCCACCAACGUGGGCAUGUAUAUCUACGUGCCCAACAAUCUGGCAUCAAGCCCGGGAAUUGUCGUUGCCAUUCACUACUCACCUGAAGGCACGGGAACCGCGGAGGCCUACUAUACCGGCUCUCCCUAUGCCCAGCUGGCGGAACAGUACGGCUUCAUCGUGAUCUAUCCCCAGAGCCCCUACGAGGGAACAUGCUGGGACGUCAGCUCCCAGGAGACUUUGACCCACAACGGUGGUGGAAACAGCAACUCUAUCGCAAACAUGGUGACCUGGGCUAUCUCCAAGUAUAACGCGGACUCCAGCAAGGUGUUCGUGACCGGAUCCAGCUCUGGUGCUAUGAUGACGCAUCAGAACGUCAUGGCAGCCACAUACCCCGAGCUCUUCGCCGCCGCAACUGUAUACUCGGGUGUCCCAGCUGGAUGUUUCUACUCCAGCUCCAACCAACAAGACGGAUGGAACAGCACCUGCGCCCAAGGCCAGGUCAUCACCACACCCGAGAACUGGGCCAACGUCGCCAAGGGAAUGUACCCCGGCUACAACGGUACCCGCCCAAAGAUGCAAAUCUACCACGGCAGUGUGGAUACGACCCUUCUGCCUCAGAACUACUACGAGACCUGCAAGCAAUGGGCUGGUGUCUUUGGCUAUAACUAUGAUUCGCCGCAGCAAGUGCAGGACAAUACCCCCCAGUCGAACUACGCCACCACGACUUGGGGAGAUGAUCUGCAAGGCAUCUUCGCAACUGGUGUGGGACAUACUGUUCCCAUCCGCGGAGACGAUGAUAUGGCAUGGUUUGGAUUCGCUUAG